AUGGAAACGUCGAGCGACGACGCGGACGAUUUGUUCGAUUUCUGGAAAGACUGGGACUUGGAGAAUCUUACAGAGUCCGAAUACUUGGAGAAGGUACUCGGGCCGAAGUAUUUGCCCAUGAAGAUGGUCGUACCGCUCACGAUAGCGUACGUCACGAUUUUCGUGACCGGGAUAUUUGGAAACGUCGCCACGUGCAUCGUGAUCAUAAGAAAUUCUUCGAUGCAAACGGCCACGAAUUACUACUUGCUCAGUCUGGCUAUAUCCGAUCUUAUUCUACUUGUUCUGGGAUUACCCAACGAGCUUAGUCUCUUCUGGCAGCAAUACCCAUGGGCACUGGGGCUUGGCCUUUGCAAGAUCAGGGCAUACGUGUCCGAAAUGUCUUCGUAUGUGUCAGUCCUCACGAUAGUAGCUUUUUCGAUGGAAAGAUAUUUGGCUAUUUGUCAUCCGUUUCGAGUUUACGCGAUGAGUGGUCUCAAAAGGCCCAUACGUUUUAUUCUGGCCGCAUGGUCGAUCGCGCUGGUUUGCGCCAUCCCGUUUGCGAUCUAUACGACAGUCAACUUCGUUGAAUACCCACCAGGUUCUGGGAAUUACUCGACCGAUUCCGCGAUUUGCACUAUACUGUUACCGUACAUGCCUGAUUUUCCUCUGUACGAAUUGAGCAGCGUCAUAUUUUUCCUGAUACCGAUGCUGAUCAUCUUGGUGGUGUACACGAGAAUGGGACUGAAAAUCAGAAACAGCACAACGAACACUUUGAACUCGGUGAUGCAGGGUGCUAUUCACGGUGACUCGAGACAAGUUCAAUCUCGAAAAUCCGUGAUUAGAAUGUUGAGCGCCGUAGUCAUUUUAUUCUUCAUCUGUUGGGCACCGUUUCACGCGCAACGUUUAUUAUACGUGUACGGGCAAGACUCCGAUUACUACCCCGAUCUAAGAGAGUGGCUGUACAUUUUGAGCGGCUGCCUCUACUACUUCAGCACCACUGUGAAUCCAAUUUUGUACAAUUUGAUGAGUGUUAAGUAUCGGAACGCUUUCAAACAAACAAUCUGCUGCGGGUCGAUGGUAUCGGGCAGAAAAGUCUGGACUGCCAGAGAGUCUCAAGUGUGCAAUAACAAUACAAACGGAAAAUCUGGUAACCCGGACUUUGGAUAUUCCGUGAGGAAUACAAUCAACCAGGCGAAGGAGAUGUUUCGGACCAAGAACGGGGAGGCUUUGGCUAAGGAUGGAAACACGAAUGAUAACGUUUCUCGGAAACCUUACAUGCUGAGGAAGGAAGAUUCCACGGAGAAACCUCUUCUCAAUCGAACGCAGUCCGCUUCGCAGGAACAAAGGGACGAAAACGAUCCAGCAUGCAAAUUAUUACUACAAAAAACUAUAUCCACGACCACCACUACUAGUGUCACAUAA